GAGCGCAAUCACAUGGAGUUGUGUCAACACGACUGAUGCUGCCAGUUAUUUAAUGUUUUAUCAUCACGGAAUGACUUUAAAACUAUAACCAAAAGUGAUGCUGCAUUAAACUGGAUCUUCAGCCAAGCAUCGGUUUCCGUGACGUCAUGGGGUCCGCCGGUACCGAGGAGCCGGUGCGGCUGCAGGUAGACUUGUGCUUGAGGACUCUCUCCGCCUCACGAGACCCCGGGGAGAUCGUGCACGCGCUGCGCACACUCACGCGCAACCUGGAGGACGGCGAGUUCAAGCGCCUUCACUACACACACGCAAUUCAGGUGUUGGUGAGCGCGCACUGCUUCGGCGGGUCGUGUGAUGAUGAGGAGAUCAAGAAGCUCUGGUGUGAGAUGUUCCUCAGGGGUCCACCGGACCAAACACUGCUGCUUCUGCUGGACACCAUCAGCUCCACAGGAGAGUGUGCGGCUCUGGAGCGAUGCAUGUCUGUACUGGAGAAGUUCAAAAUUAAAAAGUGA